GCGAGCCACCGGGUGAGAGAGAGAGAGAGAGAGAGAGGAGGGAAGACGGGACGGGGCAGCGCGCGAGCGACAACCGGAGGGGGGCUCAGGCCUGGGGCCGGUGAAACGGGGAGAAGGAGGAUCUGAAGGACGGAAGGUGGAUCAGCAACAUCGCCCCAGAAUAACUUUCUUUUUCAUUCGCGUUCAUUUCUAAAUGCAUCGCAAGUAGUCGGGUUUGGUUUCGAUGAUGCCGUCCAACGCUGCCGUUUCGACCCCCGAAUUCAAGACGUCAGACGUGGACUGCGACGCAGCGGCAAAGAAAACGAGUUCAGAGCAGGAACCGGAAGUGUGUGAGAUCAUGCAGGAAGGGGCUGUGGUGGACGCUCCACCUCGCAGAGUGGGGCGACCUGCUCGCAAACGCAAACCCCCUACGGACCACCAGGGGUACUAUGGAGUAGAGGCCAUCAGCAGAAUGCUUAGAAUGAGCCAGGUGGACAGCUGUGAGUCUCUGAAAGAGGGCGUGGCCGGCGUGAAGGAGGCGGAGUGUAAUGGUGAGAAUGAGAACGGGGUUUCCCAAGGUGCUCUGCAGGGACACGACUCUUCCUCUGACUCCUCCCACCAGAACGGCUCGGACAAGCCCGAUCAGGAGGAAAGCUCCGCCCCCUCCACACCACGGAAGAAACGUGGGCGACGGAAACUCGAGCACCCUGAGAAACAUGUGGAGGAGGACGGCAGCAGCAGUGAUACCAGUAGAGGAGAGGGCGACAGCGGGCGCGUGCGGACUCGUGAGGGUAGAGACAUCAGCCUCCGGCGCAGACCUGUACCUCGAAUCACCUUCCAGGCUGGAGAUCCUUUUCACAUGAGCAAGAGGGAGAGAGAGGAGCUGAUCGCUCGCUGGAAAAAAGAGGAGGAAGAGAAGAAAGCUCACCUGACGCCACUCAUGAAUGACACCAUGGCCGACCAAUCAGAAGACGAUGCUCAGAGGAAUGAGGAGCAACCCAUGAUCAGCAGUGUCCCACCCACUCCUGCGCCACAGACUCCACCCCCUCAGCAGCAGCACACAGACCCCGCUUCACCGACCGUCGCCACAACGCCAGAGCCCGCCCCUGUCCCUGUUGCCUGCGGUAACAAAGGGCUGCGUAAGCCGGCGGAGGCGGAGCAAGAGUAUGAUGAUGGGCGUGGCUUCGGGAUUGGGGAGCUGGUCUGGGGGAAGCUGCGCGGGUUCUCCUGGUGGCCCGGACGCAUCGUCUCCUGGUGGAUGACGGGACGCAGUCGAGCUGCAGAGGGAACCAGAUGGGUCAUGUGGUUCGGGGACGGAAAAUUCUCAGUGGUCUGUGUGGAGAAACUGUUGCCUUUGAGUUCAUUUUCUACUGCCUUUCAUCAGCCUACCUACAGCAAACAGCCCAUGUACAGAAAAGCUAUCUAUGAGGUGCUACAAACGGCCAGUACACGGGCGGGGAAACCAUUCCCAGUGUGUGUUUCAACUGAUGACUCCGAGACGGGGAAGAGUGUGGAGCUGCAGACCAGAGAGAUGAUCGAGUGGGCGAGUGCAGGAUUUCUGCCCACUGGGGCCAAGGGCCUGGAGCCACCACCUGCCGAGCGGAACCCCUACACUGAAGUGUACCCUGAAAUGUGGGUGGAGCCAGAAGCUGCAGCGUACACAGCUCCGCCUGCCAAGAAACCCAGGAAGAGCAAUUUGGAGAAACCUAAAAUUAAAGAGAUUAUAGAUGAAGGGACCAGAGAGAGGCUUGUGUACGAGGUACGUCAGAAGUGCAGGAAUAUCGAAGAUAUGUGUAUAUCCUGUGGAAGUUUGAACGUAUCACUCGAACAUCCGCUGUUCAUCGGAGCCAUGUGUCAGAACUGCAAGAACUGCUUCCUGGAGUGUGCGUAUCAGUAUGACGAUGAUGGCUACCAGUCCUACUGCACCAUCUGCUGUGGGGGGAGAGAGGUGCUCAUGUGUGGGAACAACAACUGCUGCAGGUGCUUCUGUGUGGAGUGUGUAGAUCUCCUAGUUGGUGCUGGCUCAGCCCAGGCUGCUAUAAACGAGGACCCGUGGAAUUGCUACAUGUGCAGCAGUAAGGGCGUGUUUGGAAUACUCCGGCGCAGAGACGACUGGACAUCGCGCCUCCAGCUGUUCUUCGCCAACAACCACGACCAGGACUUUGAUCCCCCUAAGCUCUACACCCCUGUUCCAGCAGAGAAGAGACAGCCUAUCAGAGUUCUCUCUCUCUUCGAUGGCAUUGCUACAGGUCUGUUGGUGCUAAAGGACCUGGGCAUCCAGGUGGAGUGCUACGUGGCGUCCGAGGUGUGCGAAGACUCCAUUACAGUAGGGAUGGUGAGACACCAUGGCGAGAUCAUGUAUCUCGGUGACGUCCGCAACGUCACACACAAACACAUUGAAGAGUGGGGUCCAUUUGAUCUGGUUAUAGGUGGGAGCCCCUGCAACGAUCUCUCCAUCGUCAACCCAGCCAGGAAAGGACUCUUUGAGGGCACUGGGCGACUGUUUUUUGAGUUUUACCGCCUGCUACACGAGGCUCGUCCUAAAGAAGGAGACGAGCGGCCGUUCUUCUGGCUCUUUGAGAACGUCGUAGCCAUGGGAGUUAGCGACAAGAGAGACAUCUCGCGCUUCCUCGAGUGCAACCCAGUGAUGAUCGACGCCAAGGAGGUGUCUGCUGCCCACCGCGCCCGCUACUUCUGGGGCAAUCUGCCUGGAAUGAACAGGCCAUUAACUGCCAUGGUGAACGAUAAGCUUGACCUGCAGGACUGUCUGGAACACGGACGCACAGCCAAGGGUGUUUGGAUUUCCUGUCCACUACACGGACGUGUCCAACAUGAGUCGUCUGGCCAGGCAAAGACUCCUGGGAAGGUCGUGGAGCGUCCCGGUGAUUCGGCACCUGUUCGCACCGCUGAAGGAAUACUUUGCCUGUUACUGAAACCCCGCCCACCCGAGUCACGCCGUGCCAUCCCACGACUCGCCCCGCCCUUCAUUUGCAUAGCAACCAAGCUCCACCCUUCUUACAUUUGUUUUGGUAGUUGCCUGAUGACUUACUGGUGCUAUUCAUCGAGGACAGAAAAGAAAAAAAAAAAACAACACGGUUUGUCCGACUACACGUCUCACUUUUACAUGUCGGCUAUUUAUUGAAGACUUCAUUACAUUUUUGGUUUAGUUUUGUUUUACAGACUUUUUAAAUCAAUCAUUUACAGUGUCAGGACGAUUGACAUCUUUCAUCUGUGAUCACAGCUUCUCUGAUGACAAAGAGACAUGCUUGCAUGAGCGUGUGAAUACGAGCGUGUGUGUGUGUGUGUGUGUGUGUGUGAGAGAGAAGGAGGACGGUUGUCUCUGAGCACAAAGCAGAUUUGAGGGUCACAGCCUCUUCGAAAACUAAACCCACUAACACACACACUAUCCUGGUGUCAUUUACAUCUUUAACCAGUAGUCAAGUGGUGCAAACACACACACACACACACACACACACACACACACACACACACACACCCCAGCUGAUACACUGUUUACAGUUAUGUCAUGGUACUACACAACAAUACAACUUCUGUAAAGCUCAAAUGCUGAUUACAACUACGGUGCUCUAUCUCUCUGGCUCUCAAAUUUCUUCUUUUCGUCUCUUUUCCUUCUUGCUCAUUUGCUUGCUUAUUCCUUCUAUCUAUUUCACUCCCUUUUUCUUUCUAUCUGUCUUCUGCUGCCCCUCUCCUUCCUUUUUCCUGUCCAUUUCUCCUCCUCUUUUAGUCUCGUUCACUUAUUCUGCCAUCUUCCUCGUUUACUUUAUGUAUCCCCACCCCUCUCUCUCUCUCUCUCUCUCUCUCUCUCUUUCUUUCAGCAAUACUGAUGCACAGUUACACUUGAGGCCUUACUGCUGGGGCACAUAGUGACUGACACACACGAUCUGAAUUACUUGUUGCAUCCAUGUUGAGAGUUACAGGCUGAUGCAAUACAGUUAAAUCUUAUGAAAUUGGUCUGGAGAGAAAGGUCUGUAUAUCUCGACACACACACACACACACACACAGUCUCAGAGAACUGCUGCACUUCCAGCCCAGGGCUGCAGGGGGCAGCAGCAAACUACAAACAAAUCGAUCCUUCCACAAAGCACUGUGGUGAUGCUAGCAACCACCAGCGGAACUCAUUUCUACUGUAAACCACAAGGACUCGUCCGACUCCACCAUUUUUACUGUCCUGGUGUCGUUGUAUGAAUGCAUGUUUGGGGGGGAAGGGGGGGUUUGAUGCGGAGAAACGUUCUCCAACUCCUCAACACGCUUUGCUUUUUGUCCGACUGAGGAAACGAUCAGAAAUCUCUCUGGGGUGCUUGCUUUCUUCUCUUCUUUUUCUUUCCUUCCUGGCUCUGGGUUCAGGCUAGCAUUCAGCUUGUAUGCUAAUCCCGGUUUGCAUUUAAAAUUAGGCACAUUCCCGCCAACGUUUCAGAACCUUUUCAGGAACUGAAGGGUUGGAGAAGUAAUCACAACCAGAACAAAGCAGCUCCAGGUCGUUUUUCUUGUUUAAAACCCCAACUAAACUCUGCCCGGGUUCCUCGGUUCAUGAAAAGGUUUCCGUGGUGGAAAUGUAGUUAUAGGUCCUAACUUCCUCAAAGAUUCCAAAGUGUUCCUGAAAGGGGCCUGGGUUCUUAAAAAGGUUGCGGAGGCAAAAAGGUGCCAAAGGUUUGGUUCGGUUCAUAAAUGGUUUCCAGGGGUCUUGAAAGGUGAAAAUGCACCUAAAAAAGUUUGAGUCCCUGAAGAGAUUCCUGUGAUGGAACGAUGAUCUUGACUUCUAGAUGUCACGAUCCAGAUCCUUCUUUAAUACACUUCUGUCCUCCCAGGGGAUUCUGGGAUAGUGGCCUCUGCUGUGUGAUGUAACAUCUGGUCACAUGGUGCUCCCAGAAUUCCUUUUGUUUUGGUGGGCGUGGCCUCAUGGUGUGUAGGUGCUUUACAAUGUGCACACACUUUCCAGUUAUGGAUUUAAAUAAUAAUAUCUGGAUUACUGUAUUCUCUCCACACCGUUAUCGGAUCCUUUGGAUACAGAGUGACAUUCUGGUGCUUUCAGAAGCUUCCUCGGGAAGCCAGGAUGACCCGGUGGGUGUGGCCUCUUGUGGUGUGUUGGUGCUCAACAGUGUGUGCUCACCUUCCAAUUAUCGGUGUGGAUAAUCGGAUUUGGUUUACUGUAGUCUCUCCAUGCUGUUCUACACAUCAUUCAGACUAGAGGUUAACGGGACAUUCUGGUGCUUUCUCUGAAUCUUUUUUUUUUUGUCCCCCGGCUUCCCAGAUUUUCAAGGGUGUCCUCGUGAAGUAUAAAUGAGAGAGGCUAAUCUCUCUCCAGCCUGCCUUUCAAGCAGGCCAAAGAACUUUCUAGGCUACUUUCCAGAAACAGAUUAUCCACAGUCCUGGAAUAAAAGUCCUUUAGCAGUGCUGGUCCUCGCUUUUUCUGAACGUCUUGAGCCAAAAUCCAUCCCCCAACCUGCACUAUGAACAUCCGUCCUCCACCGCACCAACAGUGUGUUCCUUAUCCAAGUCGCUGCUGUGGUGCUGCUUGACUGUGAAUGAACACGUAGCCUUCAGUAGCUAAUCUCACUAACGUUCAGAACCACUACUGACUCUGCAUGAUGAUGGUAAGAGAUACUGGUAGGUUUGCUAGCUAGCUAGUUAGCAUAUCGCUGUUACGAUAGCCUGUUUAACAAGACUGAGCUUAAAUGGAUCAUUAAGGUCUUUCUUUUUUUUUUUAAGAUGGAUCACAGUCUCGCAAGCCAGAACUCUAGGUGUUGAAGACUCUGGCCGUUUCCAUCACUAAAGAGCUUUUAGGAAAACAGGCCAUUUGACUGACAACCAAAGAUACGAGCGUAUCUAGCCUUCUCGCUAAUAACUGCUUCAAUAGAAGACUCAAUGCUGUGAACCGUUUUUAAUCCAGUUACUAUAUGACCCGUCAAAAACCUGUGUAUGGAAGUGCACAUACAUCCAAAUCCAAAUAACCAAUCAGAAUGCAGCCGUCAGGAUUCCGAAGCUCGUAGCCAGAUAAGUGUGUACAAUAUAUCAAAAUGUCUCACGAGUCAGACACUGUGACUCUUUUAGGGUGCUAGAUUUAACGUGAAGAGUGUAACGUGAAUGACCAAGAAGCUAAAGUUAGCUUUCUGUCUUGAUACAAGUGGUAGCUAGAAAAUGAAACGUUUUUGGAACACACAGCAUAACGUAACAUUUUCUUUCUUUUUUUUCUGAACCGGCCACACCCUUCCUUCCACUUCCUGCGUAGUUUAACUAGUCAGGACCAGCACUGUUCAUGACUGAUCAUAAUGUGUGUUCAGGAAAGUGGCCCUCAUUUGCGAAUGAGCAUCCAGAUAGCUAAAGUCCAGAAACUAAGCUAAACCUGGCUUGCGGAAGACGCGUUAGCCGCUCAACACGUCGAAUAAAACUCGGGCCCACACACGGCCGAGUCAGGACUCCAUUCACCAGAGUUCAGCGGUAAACCAACUGUACAUAGAUAUGUUUGCCUUUUGUUAGCAUUCGAUCAUGUUUUGUGCUCCGGGUGUGUUUCUCAAUCCAUAUAGGCUAAUUUCGGUGUGAUCCUAGGCUGUGUUAGCGUAGCUGUUAUGAUUAGGAGACUGGCCAAAGGCGGAGCUUGAAAUAAUAAGCUGUAUGGCGGUGGCGGCGGCGAUGGAUAACGAUGAUGCGUAAGAGGAGGGCGUGUCAACUUGCUAUCACGUCCUGACGAAUUUUCUUUACGUAUUUAUGAAUCGUCUCAGCUGAGAGAGGAUGAAUUUGAGAGCCAACCAAUAACCAGUUGACAGCUUUAAAGGAGGAGAUCCUUUACGAGGUUAUUUUUGGAUUCAGAUCUUUAACGAGAGCGUGAGUGAAGGUGUUUCAAGGAAAAAAAGAGAAAAAAAAAAGGUGCUAUACAAUUUAUUCUUAAAUGAUUUAAAAUAAAUAGAUGAAUAAAUAAAUAAAUAAAUAAAUAAAUAAAUGAACUAUAUUGUUGGGAAUUAAGGAUUGACCAGUCUUGACAAUGACUGUUUUUAUGUUGUCGUAGUAAUGGAUUUAAAAAGGAAAAAAAAAAAAAAGCACUAUUAUUUUACUCUUUUAUGAAUAUAUUAACAAAUGCAUUUUAACUUUGUACUUGAUGAUGUAAAAGUAGAAAAAAAAAGAAUAAAAUGGAGAAAUUUCAUGUGUUUUAGCCUAGACAUCACUGUAGUAUGAGCGUCUCGAAGAGGAAGUCAUUCUGUUAUACUGAACACGCGCUCCAUCCCGAAGGUUCUGUGCACUGACACGUUACUCACUUUAUCUUUGGCAGCAAAAUCUUCAUUACCCAACAUUCCUUGCUCCAUGUAGUCUGGCUUUUGUUGGCUCUGACUGUAAUGUUACAUUGUUGUUGUUUUUAUAUAUAUAUAUAUAUAUAUAUAUAUAUAUAUAUAUAAUAUAUAAUGUUGUUGCCUCAAUAUUUAUUGACUACAGCCAUGUCCUACCUUCUGUCCUUCAUAUUUGGUCUGUCAGAUGCAUCCGUCUCUUGUUUUCUCUCCAUCCUCCUCUCUCUCUCUCUCUCUCUCUCCUUCUUGCUCUCUCCAUCCGCAGCUGUGGUUCUGCUGUUAUUUGCAGAUGGCGUGAAGAGAUGGAGAGAAAGAAAGAAAGAAAGAAAGAGGAAUAGAAUGACUCCUUUCUUAUGUAUUUGUGCUGGGGAACACUUGAAUUAAAUGUACUGUUUUUGUGCAAAAAAAAAA